AUGAAUUGGCAACACUAUGCUGUGGAUGAGCCGACCUUCCAAGCUCCAUGGACAGCUUUACAGGCUGCAGUUCAGUUGGCCCAUGCGAUUGGGGAAUCGCCUGAGCUACGAAUUGACCUUGUGAGUCUGGGCAAGCCGAAGCGCUGCCGACCUAAAGUCAGUUUCAGUUCCUCAUUGCAGCUUGUUGUGGAGUACGAGGACGCCAAUAUUGCCGUCAAUCGACAAGUUCCGUUUGAUGAUUUCUGUCAAUGGAGCAACACCCCAUGGAUUUCGCGCAGUUUUUGUUAUCCUUUUCUUCAUGGUGACAAUGCCCUAGCAGAUCCACUACCAAACAGUGUGUUGAUCUCGGACUCACGUCCCAUUGAUCAUGAUGUUUCUUCUUUCAUGCAAACUGCGCCCAAAGUCCAUCAACUUCGUGAUGCUUUACCCAUUUUCAGACCUCUACACCUACAGGCAACACCUGGUCAUGGCGACGACGCCUUCCCUCAGCGACAUCAUCGACCUGACGAUGAUGAUCCAAUGAGUGGUGAUGACGAAACGGAAGUUACAGAUGACUCUGCAUCAAGCAGUUCUGCAGCUACCGUUCUUCAGUGUGUUUGCCUUUAUCAUCUUGAUGACCCACCGGUCUAUGGACGCAUUGAUUGGACCGACUAUGUGCAGAUGAUGCAUGAUGCAGCUAUGCUUCUUCAAAUUGAUGAUGAUCAACUUCUUGGGCUCUUUGACAUUGAAGUCACUUUGCCUGAUCUUCCACCAGAUGUAGUGCCUUUGAUUGCAUACAUUGUUGAGGAUGUGAUUCAAGGUGGGCUGCGCAGCUUGGCUUUGGUCGACAUUGAAGUCCAUGCCAACCAAUGUGAGGCUCAUUACUUCACGGCCCCCACGAUUGAUCGCUCGGUAAUUCCAAUGCCUUUGAUCGCAGAUCGUCGUGCUGUCUUCCAAACCGCUGAAGUUGAUUUGUACUGUGCUCAUGAGCGUGAUCGGUGCUUGCUCUACCACAAUCUCCAACCGAUCUUCACGCAGCUCAACCCAAGAUUGAACAUUCGUUCUGGAGCCUAUCUGAAAAUCAUACUGCCCCCACCUGAAGGAUGUGACCUACCAACUGGACAGGUCCUACACUACAGUCGAGUUCCACCAGACAUCGACUUUGUUCGAGACAAUAGCCCGUCAGCCCUUUCUGGCUAUUCACCCAGUCUGGUACCAUCUGAGGAAAUUCGACAAGAAUACGGGCGUGCAGAUGAUGUUGGACUCCUUCAAAUUGAUAUUCAGACCACAUUGCCCUCAUUCAGGAUGCCCAAGAUGCCCACACAGCUUCAAAACGGCCAAGGAUUGCAAUGCAGCUUCACGGAUGACUUCUUGAGAACCGUCCGUCUAUGGCAACAAGCUGCGGACGACAUCCCUGAAUUUCCAGCACCGGCUGACGACAUUUCCAACUUUGCGCCAUGGAUUCAAGAUCUUCAUGAAGUUUGGCAAGAUGGGGCGCACAUCGGACCAGGCAACGUUGAAAUGUUGGCGCGCUUGGAAACCUGGUUUUCCGAUCAUUGGAAUUAUCAGAGGUGUUACAAUUCAAGAAUGGCAGUGUUGGGAGCUGACUAUGACAACUGGGAAUUCCAGCUGAAACAAUUAUGGAGGGAGCGCAUCAUGCCCGGUGCAGUGAUUGAAUUUUUCAUGGUAUCACCAUUGCCAGAAGACGCGGCAGCCCAAACCAUUGGCCAGCUCAUCAUUGUUCAGCGCCCUGUUCGUUUCCAACGCUCCAUUAUUGUGUCAGUGUAUGACAAUGAGUACGACCAAGGAAGACCACAUUCCAUGGCCAUUGUGACUGGUGAUCGUGUGGACACGCAGUCUGUCAAGAACAUGAUUGAUGCGAUUGCCGAUUGCCCGCCUGAGCAACCAUCCAAUGCAUGUGCUCUUUGGUUCGGCAAUCGCCAAUUCCAACCUGAAGAACGAGCAUAUGCCAGACAUGGACAUGCUUUCCGUUUCCUCAUUCAUAGACGACGCCAUGAUGCUUGGGAUAAUAUGACUGACCUUGACGACCUUCAUCUACGAGAUCGUGUUGCAUCUCUCAACAGCGGUCAAGCACUUCCUUUUCCCUUGGCACACAUGGUUCACAGUCCAGCGUGGAUGCAAGAACUUCGUCGUCAUUUUGAUGAUCUGGCUGCAGUCGAGCGAGAAGACGAAGGACAAGUAGCCUAUGUACAAACUUGGCACCUGAAUGGCCUGAGGGCUCCAAGAUGCCAGUCGCCACGUGCAGUACGCCUCAGGAAUGACGCUACAGCAUGGUUUCAGACUCUCAUCAUGGCUUGGCGUGACCGCAUUGAUGUUCGAUUGAACACAGACAUUUUCUGGAUCGAUCCAACGCCAGUCAACAGCCCCAGGCAAUCAUUUAUUGGUCAUCUCAUCGUUGCACAAGAACUUCAAUCCCAUCAUGGAGCUGUGCUUCUUUCAGCCACUACACAUCGUGGGACACAAGAAGACUCUCACUAUGUGGCACUUCAUCAUCCUGAUCGUCUUUCCCACAGGAGCGCCAUUGAAGUUUUUCCUAUUCCAAGCACAUUAAUGGGUUUGCCAAUUUCUGUGCGACGUGAUUCACAACUUCUGCCGGAAGACGGAUCUAUGCGGAUUGGACAUGGUGAUCACAUUGCGAUCGACAUCAUUGCACCAAGUGAUACAACCACAAACGAUCAAGAUCCAACUGCAGAACCCACGGCGUUUUUGCAAACGUCGAUGACACGCUCUUCUACACAGGCUGCUGGCACACCCAUUGCGUUGGCAGAUCACAUUCCUGCACCAGUUUGGACUUCCAUUGAUUGCAGUAAGAUUGACUUUCUGAGAAGACAACUGCUUGAGCAUUGUCCAGGACCUGUCUUGUUUGACACUUCGACACUUUCAUGCUCCAAAGCUACACUGCGUGAGCUGGCAUCCAUUGAGCCUUGGACACAUGAGACACCCACGAAGUUUGAAUUCUUCACGGAUGGGUCCUACAGACGUGCUCAUUUGACUGCAGCAGCUGGAGUAGUUAUGAUUGUACAUACAUCAGAGGGUCAACGAUUUGGAGGAUAUCAGUCUGCUUGGUGCUGGCAAGCUCCAUCGGCCCCACGCAGUGAAGCCACAGCAGUGAUCCUUGCCCUUCAUUGGGCCAUGUCGAUGAUUUGCUAUUGGGGGUACACUCAGAUUCCCAUUGACUUCCACUAUGACAGCACGUAUGUUGGUCAAGUCGCUCAAGGGCAGAGUGCUUCCAUUUCGAACAACGACAUGACAGCGGUUGUGCGCUCACUUGCUCUUUGGACUGAACAGCUUCACGGUUGCAAACCGCGAUGGUUUCACGUGAAAGGGCAUUCGGAUCAUCCUUGGAACGAAUUAGCUGACACCAUCGCAGCUUCAGUUCGUACUCCCAGUGAUGCUUCUUUUGAUAUGACGUUGUUGAUGAAUAUUUGUACUUUUGAUGCCCUUGAUCUGAUUCCUCUUCAAUGGCUUUGGCUUUAUGAGCGAUCACUCUGGAAUGCACAGGAUGCGCCCAUUUUGCAUGGUUUGCAAUGGAGAGUUAACUGCAUUGAUCCGUUAACUAGCGUCCCUUUGGCCGAGAACCAUCCUUUCAUGCUCCGUCAUCCACAUACCUCGACAAAUGAUGAAGAGAUCGAAGCCAUGUGGAUUCGAUGUGCCACAGCCAAUGUGUUGACCAUGUACCCUGAUCAGAAACAUGCUUCCACUUUCUUUGGCGCCAGGGCUGAACAUCUUGAAGGCAUGUUCACCCGAAGGAAAGUACAGUGCAUUGGGCUUCAAGAAACCAGAAGCAAACGACAAGGACAUGAUGUGUUCGGUUCUUUUCAUGUUUUCUCUUCGCCAGCAACAGCAAGAGGCUGCAAUGGGAUGCAACUAUGGUUUGCUCGCACGCUGCACACUUCACAGGGACCCAUUCAAUUUGGUCAUGAGCAUUUUCGCAUUUUACAUGGGGAUGAGAGACGGCUCAUUGUCCGACUUAGACAUCCUUCCUUGAAGCUGCUUCUCAUUGUGUUACAUGCACCUUCGGAAGAUGACUUUGAAGUCGUGCGACAAUGGUGGACUACCACGUCCAGUUUGAUUCCUUCUGGUAUGGCAUCCUGGACAUGGUUCGUCAUGUGUGACGCCAACAGCCGAGUUGGUUCCAUUCAGUCCAAAGCAAUUGGUAGCUUUGGUGCCACCACUGAAAAUGAGCGCGGUGCCAUCUUCCAUGAAUGGCUUUGUUCACACGGCCUUUGGCUUCCACAAACAUUCGAGCAGAGCCAUAUAGGACCUCAUGACACCUGGACACAUCCUACUUUGGCCAGAGCUCGAAUUGACUUCAUUGGCAUUACAGACAACAUUGCGUACAAUCAUGUCUCGACAUGGGUUGAGGAUGAAAUUGAUCUGUCGCUUGCUCGCAAAGACCAUGAAUGUGUUUGUGCAGAUAUUUGCCUUCCCUUGAUCAAGACGACUACACCAAGUUCAUCAGCUCCCAAUGCUCAGUUGUCUGAAUGGCCACUUUGGCAUCAUGACGUUCACACUCAUGCCGCAUUGUUGCAAAACCAUUUUACGACGUGGAUGCCUACCAAAAAGAAAGUCAUUCCACGUAAGACUCAUCUUUCUCCUGACACAGUGCACUUGAUCAGGCAGAAGAAGACUGCGUUCAAUCGAGUCAAAGACCUUAAUAAACAAUGGCGACAUCACAUUCUUCGAACCUUCAUGCGAGCAUGGCGAUUCUCUGAUGACUCUUUUUCCCUUGCAGACCACGACGUCAAGUUUUCUUUUCGUGACAUUGCAUGGGCCGAAGAAAUUUAUCGUCAAGCUUCUCUUCGAGUGUGUGUAGCAGUGAGAAAUGACGAUUGUCGCUUUUACUGCGACAUUGCUGAGGACACAGGCAAGAACAACCUGCGUUGCAACGGACCCACCACUGCACAGCAGGCUCACCAUUAUUGUGCAUUGGAGGAUGGCACCCAGACCACAUAUGAAGACCUUUUGACAGAUUGCUAUGACUUUCAAAAAGCUCAGAUUGCCGACAUGCCUUUGGUCGUUCACCUGAAUCAGCUCCCUAGUCGUAUUGAUGUUGAACACCGACUGCAACAAAUCUCAGCAAAUCGAGCACCAGGUCUGGAUGGACUGCCACCCUCAUUCAUUCGAACAUCAGGCUCUGACUUGGCCGAGCAUUUAACGUUGUUGGCCUUCAAGAUGUGGGUCUUGGGACAUGAACCGAUUCAGUUUAAGGGCGGUUUGCUCCACUCAAUAUCGAAGAAGGUUCACAGCAAUGAUGUAGCCAACAUGAGGGGCAUUCUUUUAGUUGAUGUCAUCGGAAAAGUGAUGCACGCCAUUUUGCGACAAAGAUUCAUCCCAACUGUGACGGCUUGGAAGCACCCUCUCCAGUUGGGGGGAUUUCCCCAUUGCACCACCCUGUUCGCCACUCAUUAUUUGAGGGCCUUCCAAAUCAAGGCAGCCGAACUGAAACUCUCGUCCGCAGUGCUUUUCAUUGAUGUGAAAAGCGCCUUCCACUGCAUGGUCAGACAGGUUCUCUUUGGACCGAAUCCGACAAUACCGGAGUCCCUGCGUGAUCUUCUUGGGCAAACAGACUGUGACGUAGAUGCACUCUUAAGUGAAAUCAUGAAAACCUCCUCUGAUUUUCUGCGAGAUGUACCCAUCUGCGACCAACGGCUGCUUCAAGAUGCUCAUCACUUCACAUGGUUCAGUCUUGGUGGAGAUGCAACUGCUUACAGAACCUCUCGGGGCAGUCGACCAGGCAGCCCGCUAGCUGACAUAGCAUUCAAUGCUAUGAUGGUUUACGUGCUGGAUGAAUUGCACCACAAGCUUGGUCACAUUGCGGUUCUCCAACAAGGUUUUGAACACUUAGCCAUGCAUGCGCCGCCUGUCACCUGGGUCGACGAUGUUGCCAUUCCUAUCGUCACUCCGACAGCCGACAGCCUUGAGACCGCAUUGGUUGAAGUUGCAGAGGCUUCUGUACAGGCUUUCAGAAAAUUUGGUUUGACCUUGAAUUUUAAGCACAAGAAGACCGAAGCAGUUGUCUCAUUUCGUGCGGAUGGAGCUCCUGACCACCGACGAACGCUCAUGGUCGAGAAGAUGGGCAAUCUGCUUCUGCCUACCCUGCACACGUCCUUGAAAUGUGUUGCCUCAUAUGAACACUUAGGUACCAUUUUUUCAGCGGACGGAGACCUCAAACAUGAAAUCACUCAUAGGAGAGCCAGAGCCACCCAAGCAUACCGUCAAGUUUCCAAACAGAUAUUGCGGAACCGACACGUUCCCAUUGAUGCACGUUUGAAGUUGUUUGAAAGUCUCGUGAUUCCGGUCCUUCUCCACGGAUCUGGGAAUUGGAUGUUGUUAACCCAGAGACAGUUUCAGAGCCUUCACAGUUGCAUCAUGAAAUGGCAACGAUCCAUCGUGAAUGACGGAUGCUGGACAGAUGACCAACAUUCAGACUUCGAAUUGCAAUGUCAAUGGAAACUUGCUCCACUUGCUCUUCGGCUUGCGAAAGCCCGCCUGCUUCAUGCGUUUCAUUGUGCAGUUGCUGGACCAGUGAUUCUCAUUGACUUCAUCACGGCGUCAGCGGCAUCAGAGAAGGGAUGGUUUGCCGCACUACGACGUGCCUUCACAUGGUUGUCCGAGAUGGACAAUUGUUUUUGUCCCACGACAUUGAUUGAUGCAGACCCAGCUUGCAUUAUGUCAUGGCUUACACAAAAUGCUGAAAAGGGCCCCAGAACGGUACGACGUUUGUACCGACGCAGCAUUUUGCAGAAUCAUGUGUUGGGAGACGCCAUUCAACUGCACAAACAACUUAUGCGGUCCUUUUUGCAUGGUGGAGCGAAGUUUGAGGAGACUGGCCAGACCAUCCCAGUCUUGACAGAUCGCUUGCAUGAAUGCACUUGGUGCUCCCAGAGUUUCGACUCUCGUCAGAAGCUGCAAGUGCACCUAUGGUUGGCUCACCAACAAAUUUCUGAGGAACGUCGCUUCGUUUUCUCGGAUACAUGUUUAGCUUGCCGAAGAUGUUUUUGGUCAGCAGCGAGAAUGCAGCAACAUUUGCGCUAUUCUCGGAAACAUCAAAGAGGCUGCUAUGCCCAAUUGACUUGGCGAUAUGCGCCGCUUGCCGAAGCCUGUGCUGUCGAAGUACCUGAUGACCUUCGUGGAUACGCUCGACUUCCGGCAGUAUUAGUUGCUUCACCAUGCUCUACACCCGCAGAAGAAAUUGCGGCCACAUAUGAGGAAGCCUUGAAUCAGUUGCGCGCAUCAUGGACCCAUGAAGGAUUUCCUGACGUGCUGGAUGAGACUUUGCAGAUUGAAGUAUUCUGCAAAGCCGAUGAGAUUGUGAAUGCAUGGAAACCGGUUGCAAGUGUGGACCCAGAUGAGGUGGUAUUCGAGAUUGCCAACUACAUCGGCGACAAUGACAGCAAGCUCUGGGCCUUUUGCCUGUGGUUGCGCACUACACUGGUCUACAGACGUUUUGCGCAUUUGGCUCCUUGCACAUUUCGACGCUUGCGAUUGGCAUUGCACGAUUUGGAAGAUUCGACCACUCUUGGACGACUUCUAGCAUGGCAACACCGAAUGGAGAGUGCAUUCAUUCCUGCUGGGACAGGACCAAUGGAUGGGCAUGCACGCAACACACAUGAUGUUGAAGUUUUAGUUGAUCCAUUUGCUUUGCAACGUGUUUGUUUUGAACCAUUUCUUUUACCCAUUUCAUUCAUGCCGGAUUGUUUGCAAGUGCCGUUCACGAUGGAGAAUGGCAUCCCAACUUUGUGGAUCUUGCACCUCUUCAGCGGGCGUCGUCGCAGAGGAGAUUGCCAUUUCUGGACACAGUGUUUCAAGGACUUUGUGCCGGGAUAUCAGCUAUGCAUCCUGUCCGUUGACACGGCCAUCCAUCCCAUACAGGGCAACUUGGAUCGAGGACCCGUCUUCAACAAGUUGGUGAACAUCAUUCGCAAAAGGCGCUUUGCAGCUGGAUUGACUGGACCGCCUUGUGAGACUUUCAGUGCGGCGAGACACCUUUGUCUCCCUGAUGGACGUCAUCCUCGCCCUUUGCGAUCCUUUGACAUGCCUUGGAUGAUCCCUGAGCGGACAGGUAGAGAACUGUACCAGACUUUGAUUGGCUCCAGGCUCCUUUUGCACUCCUUCAUUCUCGAGGUUGAGUUGACCAUGACAGGGGCUGGAUCUCUCAUGGAACAUCCCAAGGAACACCCUCUUCCUGAGCGAGCUUCGGUAUGGAGAACACCAUGUCAUCAACAGUUGCUCAUGAGCCUCCCUGGGGCUCACCAGCACGAAGUUGAACAGUGGCAGUAUGGCAGCUCUGGCAUCAAACCCACGACCUUGCGAGCGCUGAACCUGGGUCCUCCUGCCAUCGUUGCUCGGGCACUGAGUGAACACGUUGAUCCGCUAGCAAUUCGCCCAAUUAAUCCACUGAAGGGUCGCAACAAAGAUGGAUCCUUCAAGACCGCUGCGGCAAAGGAAUAUCCUUCCCAGAUGUGUCGUGCAUUAAUUCACGCCAUAGCAUCCGGUAUCAAGCACAGACUGGAUUGCUGUGGCAGCGUUGAAGGUGAACCACUUUCAACUUCAGAGGCGAAGUGGAUUGAGGAAUUGUAUAGUGCUGCUGGUCACCUUUCUGGUCGAUUCCUCCCAGAUUUUCAAGGAUGA